CAGGUUCGAGUAAGGCGACGACAAGGUCAAACUCGACAAGAUGAAGUACGUUCUGGUAUCUGGAGGCGUGAUCAGCGGCGUGGGAAAAGGCAUUAUUGCCUCUUCUGCAGGCCUGCUGCUCAAGACUAUGGGUCUGAAAGUCUCCAGUAUCAAGAUCGAUCCUUACAUCAAUGUCGACGCUGGCCUUAUGAAUCCACGCGAGCAUGGCGAGGUUUACGUCUUGAACGACGGCGGAGAGACCGAUCUCGACUUGGGAAAUUACGAGCGAUACCUCAACAUCACUUUGACUAGAGACAACAACAUCACUACCGGCAAGAUCUACGAGAGAGUCAUCUGGAAGGAGCGUAAUGGCAAGUACUUGGGCAAGACUGUCCAGGUAGUGCCGCAUGUCACGGGUGAAAUCGAGGAUUGGAUCGCGCGGGUCGCGAGAAUUCCUGUCGAUGACACCGGAGAAGAGCCAGAUGUCUGCAUUGUCGAAUUGGGCGGUACAGUUGGUGACAUCGAAAGCAUGGCAUUCGUCGAGGCUCUUUGCGAAUUGAGAAGAAACGCUGGUCGCGACAACUUCAUGCAAAUCCACGUUUCAUACGUGCCGGUCGUGCAUGGAGAGCAGAAGACCAAGCCUACUCAGAUGGCAAUCAAAGCCGUCCGCUCCGCAGGUCUGAUCCCGGAUCUGAUUGCGUGCCGUUGCGAGAAGCCAUUGGAUGCAGGAGCAAUUGACAAGAUUGCACGUUUCUGCCAAGUGCAGAAUGAGAAUGUGCUGGCAGUCAGAGACAUGCCAUCAACAUACCAGGUGCCAAUCCUCCUCCACGAGCAGAACCUGGUUAGGCUGCUCACUUCGGCCCUGCAAUUGGAUGCGCUCAAGCUCUCACCGGAGUUGAAAGAAAAGGGCGUCAACAUCUGGGAGACCUGGCGGCGCCUUACUCUGGGUCUUGAGCAUGUCCACGAGACCAUCGAGAUUGUUCUUGUUGGCAAGUAUCUCGACCAGCCCGAUGCUUACUGUUCAGUCAUCAAAGCCCUGGAGCACGCAGCGAUGUAUUGCCGGAAGAAGCUCAAGGUCAAGAAUGUUGACGCUGAGCAUCUAGAGACGGCCACCAACAGAACCGACCCUGCAGCGUACCACAAGGCGUGGCAUGACGUUUGCACGGCUUCGGGAAUUCUUGUGCCAGGUGGUUUCGGUAACAGAGGCACUGAAGGCAUGGUUGCCGCAGCACAUUGGGCAAGGACGAAUAAGACACCAUACCUGGGCGUGUGCUUGGGAAUGCAAAUCGCCGUGAUCGAAUUCGCACGCAAUGUGUGCAACGUUCCGCUGCCCAAGGCUACCUCUUUCGAAUUUGAUGGCAAUGAUCCGGAUCGGGUCGUGAUCGAUAUGCCAGAGCACAACCCUGGUCAAAUGGGCGCAACCAUGCGGUUGGGUAUCAAGCCAACAUUCUGGCAGCCCAAUUCGGAGUGGAGUAAGUUGCGGUCCCUCUACGGAGUGAAAAAUGACCACAUCAACGAGAGACACCGUCAUCGCUACGAAGUCAACCCGGAAUACAUCAGCCAACUUGAGGAGGCUGGCUUGACAUUCAUUGGCAAGGACGAGACAGGCGUCAGGAUGGAGGUCAUUGAAUUCAAGGAUCAUCCGUGGUUCGUUGGCGUCCAAUUCCACCCUGAGUACCUCAGUCGCGUCUUGGAACCAUCGAAGCCGUACUUGGGAUUCAUCGCCGCUAGUGCAGGCAUGCUGGAUGAGGUUGUGCGAAGGAGCCGAAGUGGCUGAGUGCCAUCAGGUCCAUGGAUUCUGGUGCAUAAUCUACCGCCUUAUCGACUCUUUGCUCCAGGUGUCCAGGGGGUGUUCGAGGCGGAGAAGACUCUUAAAUAAUAGAUUUAGACGGCCAGCUUCGAAGCCUAGCAGAUGGCCAAACCCCUACACAACGACUCUGGCAGGCGGUCGACUUUCCAGCGAGCAUAUCCUCUAUAUCGACUUGAUUGGAGUCAAUGGGAAAGCUUCCAAUGAUUGAAUUUGAAAAUGACUGGGGUAGGGACGAAGGUUGGACUUGCAAGAUGGACACAAGCCGUGGUAACGUAGAAUUGUACUUUAUUGUGCUUGCCAACACAGCAGGUCCCAGUCCAAUGCGAGAUUCAAUAGAAGCGGAGGAAGGUACGAGGACAACUGCUUCCUUCCGCCACCUAAUAAUAAUUGCAUCGCAUCUG